AUGCCUAGUCAGGGUCCACGAGCCGGGGGGGAGAAGGUCCCUCCCUCCCUUCCAUCCACCGGGCUCAUUGUGUCGUGCUUCAAGGUGGAGCCCAAGCCUCAUGGCGCCACAAGAGCUCAACAGGCGCACCUGGCCCAUGCACCACAGCUGGGGCGGUGCAAUUUCCAGGCUGCGAGAAAUUCCAUUUACUGGCAGAAGGGGCCAAAACUUAGCCAACCAAGCAGGCCUUCGAGGAGAUACAAGCAAAGGGCACACGACAGAAGCGCCCAUUUCAGCCCGCGCAGCAGCUGUCAGCUCCCUGGCCCGAUCGCCGAGAUAGGGAGAGAAAGAAAGCGCCUCGACAUCACGACCGAGCGCCCGCAGCCUUACGACCUGCAAGUAACUUUCCAACACCUUGCUGGCACGUCCUUCAUCGCCUUGCUAUCCGGUGACGACCUGCGCGACCUGCGACGAGUGUUUAGCGUCUCAUCUGCGACCAUUGCUUGA